UAGGCUCAACUCUUCAUGGAGCCGGACUCAAAUGUCCUGAUAAUUGUCUCAACUUUGACUUCCAACAACCCUGAGAGGUGGAGAGAAGGACUUUUAAACAGCUGGAGCUUUAAUGACAGAUGUGGGGAAUGUGAGAGGAAAUGUGGCUGCAGCCAAAAAGAAAAUGUCAAGAACCUGCAACUGGACAGCAACCACAUCGGCUGCAUCGAGGAUGGAGCGUUCCGAGCGCUGCGCGAUCUGGAGAUUCUCACCCUCAACAACAACAACAUCACCCUCAUCCCGCUGUCCAGCUUCAACCACAUGCCCAAGCUGCGGACCCUGCGUCUCCACUCCAACAACCUCCACUGUGACUGUCAGCUGUCCUGGCUCUCCGAUUGGCUCAGAGUCCGGCGGGGCUUGGCUCCCUUCACCCAGUGCAUGGCCCCCGCCAACAUGAGAGGUCUCAACGUCCCAGAUGUGCAGAAGAAGGAUUUUCUCUGCACUGGUCCGGCGCAGACGGAGGCGAGGACCUGCGUCCCUCAGGUGGCCGUGUGUCCUCCCAGCUGCAGCUGUAACAACAACAUAGUGGACUGUCGCCGCAAAAGCCUGACUGAGAUCCCGGCCAACCUGCCCGAGGCCAUCGUGGAGAUUCGCUUGGAGCAGAACUUGAUUAAAAACGUCCCAGCUGGAGCCUUUUCUGCCUACAAGAAGCUCAAGAGAAUUGACUUGAGUAAGAACCAGAUUUCUGACAUUGCUGACGACGCUUUCAGUGGCCUCCGCUCACUCACCUCACUGGUUCUGUAUGGAAACAAGAUCACGGAGCUGCCCAAAGGACUGUUUGAUGGACUCGUGUCCCUGCAGCUGCUGCUGCUGAACGCCAACAAAAUCAACUGUUUGAGAGUCAACACCUUCCAAGAUCUGCAGAACCUGAACCUGCUGUCGCUGUACGACAACAAGCUGCAGAGCAUCAGCAAAGGGCUGUUCGCCCCGCUGCGCUCCAUCAAGACUCUCCAUCUGGCCCAGAAUCCCUUCAUGUGCGACUGUCACCUCAAGUGGUUGGCUGACUACCUGUUCGACAACCCCAUUGAGACCAGCGGGGCGCGCUGCAGCCACCCCAGAAGGCUGGCGAACAAGCGCAUCAGCCAGGUGAAAGGCAAGAAGUUCCGGUGCACAGGUAGGAGACCAGCUCGCACACGCUACGGCUGCAGGAGUCUCGAUAAAGCAGACGUGGAGCUUCCUGCCUCCCGAGCGCUUUUUCCCCUGGCUCAGGGCAUUGUGGGCAUUGAUGACCGCAUAGAAAAGAUUCACUGCUCUUCUCCAUCUUCUCCUCUCUUCUCUUCUAAAGUAUGUUUAAUUAAGGGUUCUGCAGCACGUCAUACUUCAAUGGUCACCAAAGGCCUCUUGACCUUCAUGCUGUCUCUCCAUCUCGUGUUGUUUUGUCUGGAUGGUCCAGUUGGUUCCAUGUUCUAUAAUUCAUGUCCAACUAAAUUCCUCCAUCAUUCUCCCUUCAGGCGGUUAAACGACAACGAGAUUGCCGUCCUGGAGCCUGCUGGGAUGUUUAAGAAGCUGCCAAACCUGAAGAAGAUAAACUUAAGCAACAACAAGCUGAGGGACGUGCGUGACGGUGCCUUUGACGGAGCGGAGGGCGUCUCGGAGCUGCUGCUGACGGGGAACAAGCUCACAGGACUGCAGGGACGCAUGUGUAGAGGCCUCAGUGGCCUGAAGACGCUAAUGCUGCGCAGCAACCAGCUGAGCUGCAUCGACAACGGCACCUUCACGGGCCUGAGCUCUGUGCGUCUGCUCUCGCUGUACGACAACCGCAUCAGCAGCAUCGCGCCGGGAGCCUUCUCCACCAUGCACUCCCUGUCCACCAUUAACCUCCUGUCCAACCCGUACGUGUGCGAUUGCCACCUGGCCUGGCUGGGCCAGUGGCUGAAGAAGACGAGGGUGGUCAGUGGAAACCCUCGCUGUCAGAAGCCGGCCUUCCUGAAGGAGAUCCCCAUCCAGGACGUGGCCUCGCCGGACUUCACGUGCGACGGUGCAGAGGAUAACGGUUGCCUUCCUUCGUCCGGCUGUCCGGACGUCUGCACGUGCACAGACGGCGUGGUGCGAUGCAGCAACAGAGGUCUGCACUCUCUGCCCAGAGGCGUCCCCAAGGACACCACGGAGCUAUACCUGGAGGGUAAUAUGCUGGCGUAUGUGCCCAAGGAGCUGGCAGGUCUGAGGCAGCUGUCGUUGGUGGACCUGAGCAACAACAGCAUCAGCAUAUUGGCCCCCUUCACCUUCAGCAACAUGACUCAACUAGCCACACUCAUCCUGAGUUACAACCAGAUCCGCUGCAUCCCGGUCCACGCCUUCGACGGGCUCAAGUCCCUGCGCCUGCUAACUCUCCAUGGCAACGACCUUUCAACCGUACCGGAAGGAGCUUUCAACCACCUCACCGCUCUGUCCCACCUGGCUCUCGGCGCCAACCCGCUCUACUGUAACUGCGAGCUGCGCUGGCUGUCUCAGUGGGUCAAGGCUGGCUUCAAGGAGCCCGGAAUCGCUCGUUGCUCCGGGCCGCCUGACAUGGCCGACCGGCUGCUGCUCACCACGCCGCUCAACCGCUUUCAGUGUAAAGGUCCAGUAGACGUCAGCCUGAUGUCAAAGUGCGCCCCCUGCCUCGCACUUCCCUGCCUAAACAACGGCACCUGUGUGGCGGAAGCAGCUGGCUCGUACCGCUGCACCUGUCCGUAUGGAUUCAAGGGUCAACGCUGUGAGACGCCCAUCAACGCCUGCGUUAGCUUCCCCUGCUCGCACGGAGGAACCUGCCACGUCCCGCCUGGCAACGAAGACCACUUCAGCUGUGUGUGUCCUCCAGGUUACGAGGGCCAACGUUGUGAGAUGAACCCGGACGACUGUGAAGACAACGACUGUGAGAACAACUCCACCUGCAUCGACGGUGUCAACAACUACACCUGCGUCUGCCCCCCCAACUACACAGGUGACCUGUGUGACGAGGUGGUUGAUUCUUGCCUCCGUGGUUUCGACCCCUGUCAGCACGACUCAAAGUGUGUCCACGUUGGCCGCGCUUACAGGUGUGAGUGUCUGCCGGGCUACGUGGGACGCCACUGUGAGCAGGACUACAACGACUGCCUGGAGAACAAGUGUCAACACGGAGCGCAGUGCGUGGACGCCGUCAACGGCUACACCUGCGUCUGCAAACAGGGGUUCAGCGGGCUGUUCUGUGAGAACCCCCCGCCCAUGAUUCUGCUGCAGACCAGCCCCUGCGACCAAUCGGACUGCCAGAACGGCGCCCAGUGCCUGGUGGUGGCCGGGGAGCCCGUCUGCCGCUGCAUGCCCGGUUUCUACGGCAGCAAAUGCGACAAGAUCGCCACUGUUCACUUCCUGGGUCGGGACGGGUACGUGGAGCUGCCGAGCGCCAAGCUCCGCCCCACGGCGCAUAUUUCACUGCAGGUGGCCACGGACAAAGACAACGGGAUCCUGUUGUACAAGGAGGACCACGACCCUCUGGCUCUGGAGCUCUACCAGGGACACAUCCGCCUCAUCUACGACAUCGCCAACUACCCGCCCACCACCGUGUACAGCGUGGAGUCGGUGAAUGACGGACUCUUCCACGCUGUCGAGCUUUUGAUUCAGAAUCGUUCUUUGAGCCUGGUGGUGGAUAACGGGGCCCCCAAGAGCCUCGGCAAGUUGGCCCGCCAGCCCUCCGUGGACCACAACACCCAACUCUACAUCGGAGGAGUCCCGUCGGAGGUGGUGGCCUCGGGUCUGCGUCCCGGCCCGGAUCGUUCCCCUCAGGCCUUUAACGGAUGCAUCCACAACGUCCGAAUAAACGGGGAGCCUCAAGACCUGAGCUACAGGGCCGCAGGAGCAGCCCGACCGCGGGGGCUGGAGGGGAAGGCCGAGGGCGUCCUCGCAGGCUGCCAUUCCUGCAGCGUGUGCGCUCAGGGAGCGUGCAGGGAGGGGGGCGAGACGGGGGUGACGUGCGACUGUCCCCCGGGACGCAGCGGCGCCCUGUGCGACCAGACGACGGCACCGCGCGCCUGUCACGACAGCAGAUGUGUCCACGGGCAGUGCGUGCCGAAGGGACAGUCCUACAGCUGCCAGUGCAGCGAAGGCUACCAGGGGCAGUACUGCGACCGGCGGCAGGAGCCCCCCCCCUGCCGGGCGCCGCGCUGCACGCACGGGGAAUGCCGCGUCUCCGAGGCCGGAGAGCCCGUCUGCCACUGCCAGCCGGGGUACGCCGGGCCCACCUGCGACGCAGAGCUCUCGUGUCAGGGAGAGAUGGUGAGGGAGCCGCUGAGGCGCCACCACCCGAUGACGACGUGCACGUCCACGGCCAAGAUCGCCCGCGUGGACUGUCCCCGGUCCUGCCAGGCCGCGGCCCCCCCGGGCUUCUGCUGCGGGGUGACCAAGAGCCGGAGGAGGAAGGCGGUGUUCCGCUGCACCAACGGCACGACGUACUCCGAGGAGAUGGAGACGCCCGUGGAGUGCGGCUGCUCCGCGUGCGCGUUGUAACGCCGCCGCGCCGCUUUGACAUUCUGUGAAUCGUCUACAACGCUGUCGCUCUGAGCUCCUCCCACGUGGAGGAGCACCAUCGUUAUGUGAUUCUUCUCCUUACACGCUCACUUUCACCGCUUGCCGCCGAGAUAAAAACCACAAACGGAAAAUGGGACUUGCGUGUGUGUGUGUGUGUGUGUGCGUGUGUGUGUUUUAUGACAGAGAAAUAUAUUGUAAGAUAUAAGUGAGAGAAAACAUAGAACUUAUUUUUAUUAUGGAUUUUUUUUUCUAAAAGAUGAUGAAAGGACUGAUAAGUUUUGUCUUUUGAAUGUGUUGAUGAUAUAAUGUGUUACAUAGUAUGGAAGGUUGUUUUUUACUAUAUAAGGAGGAAGCAUACACAGCAAAAUAGAUUAACAUUCCUUAAAAGUAUAUGAAUUUAUAUGUUUGUAUAAAUCUAUAUAAAUAUAUACCCUAACCCAACGAAUUCUAUAUUUUCAAAGUGUAUUUGCAUGAUAAUGUGGGAGGCCCAGGACACGGAGAGGAGAGACCCCCCCCAGAGAGAAGAACUGUAUGUGCUUCAAUGGACCCCACCCUCAUGGGAGAAGGACUCUUUCCACAGACAUGAACAUCACAUCGUUCUUUCAGCCACUUGGGUUCGAAAUGAAGACGUUUUCUAUUCAUUAAGAUGAAACAUAAGAGAGGAAUUCUCACACAAAUAAGAACACGAAAGAAACAUACUUUGAUUGUAGCAUCGACUUAUUCCCCUCAGCAUGGAGGGAGGUUUAUAAGCUAUAAGAUACAAAGCCGUUUUUAACCCAAACCCCCCCCCCCCCAGAUCAGAGAGUUGAUGCCCUGCUUCCUGUGGGUGAAGCUGUCAGGUGAAGCUGACGGGUGUAGUUGUUUGUGGUCAGAAGGUUCCUCUCUUGAACCCGUUUCCCCCCCAGCAGCGGUGUCCCUGUGCACCCGGGGGGGUUUCUCCAUCACUGCAGCAGUUAAAAAAACACCAGCAACAAACGUUCUGCUGGUUUCAGCUUCAGCAUCUAAUUGUUUCACCGGGCAGGAAGAUCAUUUCAUGCCAAAGUCAAAUGUAUUUAACCAAUAAGAACUGUGGAUUCAUCCAACUUCAAGUGCCUUCCUGUACUUCUUUUCAAAUCCAAAAAUGUUGCUGCAAUAUUGUCAACCAGUGCUACUGAAUGUUGGACGUCUCCAUGACAACACGAUCUGAAUGAUGUGGGGGCCUUUCCAAAGGAAGUGAUGCUAACAAUAAACAGAGACGCCUCCAUCAUUUGUGUGUCACGUGAUAACAUCUUGAAAUGUAGUUGAAAAGUGUUCAAGCUGCAGCUUUUUGAUGAGUCUAAAUUUCUAUACUGACGUAAGAACACAGAGCGUCUGAUCACAGCAAACCUGCAACAAGUCAACAAGAGUAGACCCUAGAGACUAAGUACUAAUGUAACUACUACUGUAUUGUCUACUUUACACAUUGUGGCUUUGUCUACACGUGCAAAGUGUCCUCACACUCCUCACAGUUGAUUCAGUUUCAGACGUAUUAGUACAAAGUCACGGAUUAACAAAUCUUCUCUUCCUUGGUUUAGAUCCUCCUCCCUUCUUUCCUUUCCUCUUCUCUCUUUUUUCCCCCUUUCUGUGAUCCGUUGUGUUUCCUCGUCCUGCGUGUUCCUCCUCUCGUCUCCUAAAGCUUUACCUCUUCAUUGGGAACAGAGUCAGACGCCUUUGUUAUUAGUUUUACCACAAAGGAAAUAAUCCUUUUACUCAUUUUCAUUUUCCAGGUCUGAGGUUGAAAAAAACAUGAAAAUUUGAGUGAUGAUAAUUGAUUCUUAUGUCAAAUGUUCAAAUUAAACUACAAUUGAAACUA